GCAGCCUCUAACUUCCACGAAAGAAAGAGCCACACUUCAGUACGGGCAAUUUCACGCGGAGUUUGGGCGUUAUAAAGAGUGCCAGUGAUGCUGACCAGCUUUAUAGAAAGCCUGUUCUGCUGCCUGAGCUCCUCCAAUGUGGUCGCUCCAGUCGAGUCGCUGGAGCCCUCUGCUGACGGGUAUGAGUUUGUGGAGGUGAAACCGGGACGAGUGCUGCGUGUGCGCCAUAUCAUUCCAGAGCGCCCCCUGGUGGAGGAGCCGAGUACACAGGGCGGCCUCGUCAGCUGCAAGAGGAAAAUCACUGUGUACCGCAACGGACAGCUCUUCAUCGAGAACCUGGGAGCAGGACUGGACAGGGAAAGAGCGAGCGCCGAACUCAAACGUAACGGAGACGCAGAAGCAAACAUCUCAGUGGAGGUGGAGCUGACGGACGAGAGAACCGCCCCCACUCUGAGCCUCCCCGAUGCCCACACAGACUCUGCCAAGGAGGGGGCAGAGGGGGGAGGAGACGCACAGGUAAACGAUCAGAGCCUGCAGCCCAAACAUCGCCGGAGGAAACCUAAACGCACCAUCAUCAUCGACUGUGAGCGGAGGGUGUCUGCGUGUAAAGGCACUCACCCUGACGUGGCUCUGUUCUUCGUGCACGGGGUGGGGGGCUCUCUGGAUAUUUGGGGGUCUCAGCUGGACUUCUUCUCACGCCUGGGCUACGAGGUCAUCGCCCCGGACCUGGCGGGACACGGGGCCAGCUCCGCCCCCCAGGUCCCCGCCGCCUACACGUUCUACGCCCUCGCCGAAGACAUCAGAAUCAUCUUCAAGAGAUACGCCAAGAAGAGGAACGUGCUCAUAGGGCACUCGUACGGAGUCUCGUUCUGUACGUUCCUGGCCCAUGAGUAUCCAGACCAGAUCCAUAAAAUGGUGAUGAUAAAUGGAGGAGGUCCCACAGCUCUGGAGCCCAGCCUCUGCUCCAUCUUCAACCUGCCCUCCUGUGUGCUGCACUGUCUGUCUCCUCUGCUCUCCUGGAGCUUCCUCAAGGCUGGGUUUGCACGUCAGGGGUCGAAGGAGAAGCAGCUGUUGCGUGACAAUAACGCCUUUAACAUCUCCUCUCUGGUGCUGAGGGCCAUGAUGAGCGGACAGUACUGGCCUGAGGGAGACGAGGUGUACCACGCAGAAAUCACCACGCCCACUCUGCUCGUGCACGGCAUGCACGACAAGUUUGUGCCCGUGGAGGAGGACCAGCGCAUGGCAGAGAUCCUGCUCAUGGCGUUCCUGAAGGUCCUGGAGGACGGCAGUCACAUGGUGAUGAUGGAGUGCCCGGAGACAGUGAACACUCUGCUCUAUGAGUUCCUCUUGUGGGAGCCAGCCUCUCCUCAACCCUCCAAAUCCACCACCAAGGGCCGCCCCGAGACCGCCAGGGCCCCCGACUCUGCCAGACCUGUGCCAGACGACCGUCCCUCCACCGCACGACCCGCCUCCAACACCAACUCAUAG